CUUCAGCUCGGACAGAGUCUCCGUCACAGCGAACAGAGACAGAAAGGACAGAGACAGAGACAGAGAGGACAGGGAGACAUUUAACCUUACAUCAAGACAACAGUCCUGUUUAUAAUCUGCUGCAUCGAGCGGAAAGAGCCCGGCCACGGCAAACAUGAAAUGGAUGUUCAAAGAGGAUCACUCCUUGGAACAUCGAUGCAUAGAAUCAGCCAAAAUCCGCAGCAAGUACCCUGACCGGGUCCCGGUGAUUGUGGAGAAAGUGUCCGGAUCGCAGAUAGUGGACAUCGACAAGAGGAAGUACCUGGUCCCGUCCGACAUCACAGUGGCUCAGUUCAUGUGGAUCAUCAGAAAACGGAUCCAGCUGCCCUCAGAGAAGGCUAUCUUCCUGUUCGUGGACAAGACGGUGCCUCAGUCCAGCAUCACGAUGGGGCAGCUGUACGAGAAGGAGAAGGACGAGGACGGCUUUUUAUACGUGGCUUACAGCGGCGAGAACACCUUUGGUUUUUAAAAAAAACAACAACAA